CUGACAUGGGAAAUUGACCGCUGUGCAAGUCUAUCGGUCUCCGUUCUUUUCUCCCGCGCCGAGGCUUCCUGAAUGACUCGUCUCUGAAUCUCGAAAGAGUGGGACAUCACUACAACACAUUUUAUUCGGCAGGCACCGAUGUCGCGCAGUUCGUAUGGCUCGCCCGAAAGACAGCCGCAAAGAUCGGACGACAACUACCUGCGCCAGAUUUUCUACGAAGUCGACAAGGACCGCAGUGGUCGCGUAGACGGCGUCGAGCUGCAGCAAUGCCUGUCCAACGGCAGCUGGAAGCCCUUCAACCCUGAAACGGUACGCAUGAUGAUAAACAUCUUCGACCGCAGCCGUACGGGCACGGUGAGCUUCGACGAGUUCGUGUCUUUGUGGAAAUACAUCAACGACUGGCUCCGGUGCUUCCAAGACUUCGACAAGGACCGCUCGGGCUCCAUCGACAGGAAUGAGCUUCGUGACGCGCUCACCAGCUUUGGCUACCGCCUGAGCGUAGAAACAGUGGAUCUUCUGCUCAGGAAGUACGACCGUGAAAAGAAAGGAUCCAUCAACUUUGAUGACUACAUCCUUUGUUGCAUCACUCUGCAGACCAUCACGAAUGCCUUCAAGAGCUACGAUACUGAUCGGGAUGGUUUUAUCACGAUAAGCUAUGAAGAUUUCUUGAAGCUUGGCCUCAGCGUUUUAGUGUGAUGACCUCGAACCUAUCUUGUUCAUCGAGAUUUGCUCAAAAUUAACACCUGAACUGUGGCAAUAGGUCGUUUGUCCCGUAGAUUUUUCUUGCCAAACCAGAUUUAGUUGCAUAAUUGUGCAAUAGGCAAAUCUACCUGCUGUCAUUUCGUCAGCUUUUGCCGUCUGCUGCCCGUCGAUACCAGAACUUCUCGAUGGACCUCAAUUAAUACUGCUACAAGCACAUAAAUUUAGGA